UGCCACCAAGGAAACUUUCCUUUGAGCGAUUGAGAGAGCCAGAGGAAGAAGCAAUGGGAGGUGGCACCGGCGCCGGCACCGCGGUACUCCGCGAUGUUUCGCCGUCGACUCUACUGGCCAGCGCCGCCGCCAUCGCCAUGAUGUGGUUCGUAGUGCAGAUGCUUGAGUGGGCCUGGUGGAGCCCAAGGCGCAUGGACCGGGUUCUGAGGGCCCAGGGCCUCAGGGGCACCCAGUACCGAUUCCUCAAAGGCGAUCUCAAGGAGGAGCAGCGGCUCAAGGGGGAGGCCUGGUCCAGGCCCGUGCCCAUGGAUCGGGCACACGACAUUUUCCCGCGCGUCGCGCCUCUCCUCCACCGUGUCAUGAAGGACCACGGUAAGGUUUCAUUCACAUGGUUUGGGCCAUACCCAAGAAUAACAAUCGGCGACCCGGAGUUGGUUCGAGAAGUUCUAUCGAAUAAAUUUGGGCAUUUCGAGAAAACAAAGCUAGUCCGCCUUGCGCGGUUACUUGUUGGCGGGCUCGCAACCCUUGACGGUGAACAAUGGGCCAAACAUAGAAGGAUUAUGAAUCCAGCCUUUCAUGCAGAAAAGCUAAAGCGGAUGUUGCCAUCAUUCUCUGCCUCCUGCAGCGACCUAAUUAGCAGAUGGGAGAAUUCAGCCAGUCUUUCUGUUGGAGAAAUAGAGCUUGAUAUUUGGUCAGAGCUCCAGAGUUUAUCAGGGGAUGUCAUUUCAAGAGCUGCAUUCGGCGUUACCAGCCAAGAGGGAAGUCGGAUUUUCCUCCUUCAAACAGAGCAAGCAGAACGCCUUAUUCAAUCUUUCCGGACUAAUUACAUCCCAGGCUUCUCGCUAUUGCCAACAAAAAACAACAGAAGGAUGAAGGCUAUAAAUACAGAGAUAGAACAGAUGCUAAGGGGCAUAAUAGAGAAGAGACAGCAGUCUAUGAAAAAUGGAGUGAUUCACAAUGAUGAUCUACUUGGCUUGCUACUGGAGGCAAAUACAGAUUACAGCGACGCCGAUGGCAAAUCUAGCAAGGGGAUGACCAUGGAAGAUGUAAUUGGUGAAUGCAAGUUGUUUUACUUUGCAGGAAUGGAGACUACCGCCGUGCUGCUUACAUGGACGAUUGUGGUGCUAAGCAUGCACCCGGAGUGGCAGGAUCGUGCCAGGGAGGAGGUUCUGCAGGUCUUUGGGCAAAACAAACCAGAUUUAAAUGGCAUUAACCGCCUCAAAAUUGUUGCCAUGGUAUUUAACGAGGUCCUGCGUCUGUACCCGCCCGUGGUGCUCAUUAACCGCCGGACAUACAAGGAGAUAGAGCUGGGAGGCGUCACCUACCCUCCGGGCGUGAUGCUUGCGCUGAACAUCAUGUCCAUCCACCGUGACCCUGCCAUAUGGGGGGAUGACUCCGACGAGUUCAACCCGGUGAGGUUUGCAGAGGGCGUGACCAAGGCGUGCAGCGACCCAGGGGCCUUCUUCCCCUUCAGCUGGGGGCCGAGGAACUGCAUCGGUCAGAACUUCGCGCUGCUUGAGGCCAAGGUGGCCAUCAGCAUGAUCCUUCAGCGCUUCACGUUCGAGCUCUCGCCGUCCUACGUGCACGCGCCCUGUACCGUCCUCACACUGCACCCGCAGCAUGAUGUCCCCCUUAGGCUGCGCCGUCUCUGAAUCGACCGUCGUCCUAAAAUAUUAUGUAUUUGUGCACAUCCAAAGUUUCCUGGAGAAAAAUGUUUCUGAACAUCUGAUGCUAAAGCAUAAAUGCCAUUUUCAGGCAAUAUAUAGAAAUCAGAGCCGAUGUAUUGAUA